AUGUCGGUGAUUGCAUUUAGUGCCAGUGGAACGUCCUGCCCCAUCCAUGUUCUUCCUAAUGAGCUCCUUGCAAAGGUGUUUCAAGCUGGCGCGUGGGACUGGGCGGCUUCUAGUUCCGCAGCAUCUACUCUUCCUUUCCCCAUCCUAAUCUCCGGCGUCUGCAAGCACUGGGGCGAGGUUGCUAUAACUUGCCCUGAUUUAUGGUCCACGAUCUACGUCCCUAUCUGCUCUUCCAGCACUGGCACACCCCCUGCCUGGGUCCAAGCGUGGAUGGAUAGGUCAAAGUCUGUUCCCCUCACAAUUAUACUCGACAAUCCACUAUAUAGCAAUCAGCUUACCCAAGCCGCUUUGCUUUCGACGAUGAUCAAACACCCCACUCGCCGGGUCGACAUCAGGUCCAGGAGUGAUGAAGAAUCCAACAUACACAGGCUUUUUAUGGAUGUUUUACAGGGGUCUCAUCAAAACAAGUACGAGCAGAUUUCUCUUUGCUUCCAAGAACACCGUCGGGGUCGAGCGCGGUUCACUAGAGAGGAAAAUGUGAUACGUGAAGAAUGGGGCUGCCUGCCUAAUUGUUUAGCAAGUUUCAAGGUUUCCAAACUACGUGUUAUUGGGCUGGCGGUGUACCCGCCUCAAUUUCCUAAUUUAACCUCCCUCACUGUUUGGGAUAUGGAGGCUACAUUCCUAGAACUGCGGGACCUCUUUUCAGAGUCCCCUGGUCUCACAAAUCUAGUUCUCUGUCGUCUUCGCGUGUCCCCGACCUCACUUCCCCCCGCCGACGUUGGCGCUUCAAUCACUCUUCCGUCACUGCAACGGCUUGCAGUCAGUUUCGUUCGUGAUUCGUCGAACCCAAGUGACAUAUACCCCCUCCGAUACCUUCGCCUACCCAACCUUAGUUAUUUAGAAAUAAACGGGGAUUCCAACAUCUCGCUUGCGUCUGCAUUCGAAGAUUCUCUUUCUUCGUCUGAUCGACUUCACACCCUCAUAUUAUUAAACUGGUCUCAUGGGAUUUUUUAUGGUGCUCAGGAUGACUUGGAUGACAUUUCCUUUCUGCGGUUACUCACCUCGAUCCGCCACCUCCACCUCCUUCACUCCACAGCCGCACUUUUGACUAGCAGCCCUAGCGCUGCACCUCGUCGGCUGCGCAGACCAUCCAUCGGAGGCGUGGUUCAGCCGCAGCCACACAGCCGGGCUGGAAUGCUCGCUGAGCUCCGCCAGGUUGGAGUGCAACUCCAAGCCCUGGAUCUUGACAAAAGUAAUUCUGCCUCAAAGUCCUCAUUUAUUCCUUUUCCUAAUCUCCAAACCAUUACUCUCGCGACGCUGGCCGCCAACGACCUGCUCGACGUCUGUCACUAUGUUGGAGCGCGGAAGAGCAGACUUGACGCGGUCUACCUGUCGACAACUGCACAGCGCCACCUUAGCCAUACGCUUGUAAGGACGCGGGGGCAGGAUACUUAUCGAGUUCCUUUACCUUUCACUAGGAAGAGGGACAUUGAUGUAGAUCAGAUAAAGGAUGCGAACGAUUGGUUACGAGAGCGCGUGCAGGUUCACAAGGCCGAUGAAUCGAGGAAUGACUUACUCGAGGAAACGAGAAACAUGAUAUAAUUGGGCGGCGCGUACAUCCCGCCUCGCGAUCUGCCACUUCAAGAAUGUAAAGAAA